CAAGCUCUCACAUGUGACAGAUAAGACGAUUUAAAUUUCUUUUUCAUCGAAGCAUAUCUCGGAAGAGACACGUUUAGGUGAGAUUAUCGAUAUGCAGAUCUUCGUAAAAACCCUUACGGGUAAGACCAUCACCCUUGAGGUCGAACCGUCGGACACGAUCGAAAAUGUGAAAGCCAAAAUCCAGGACAAGGAGGGAAUCCCGCCGGAUCAGCAGCGUUUGAUCUUUGCCGGCAAGCAACUGGAAGACGGUCGUACGUUGUCCGACUACAACAUCCAGAAGGAAUCGACUCUGCAUCUGGUGCUGCGCCUUCGAGGUGGUAUCAUCGAACCUUCGCUGCGUAUUCUGGCCCAGAAGUACAACUGCGAUAAGAUGAUCUGUCGCAAGUGCUACGCCCGUCUGCACCCGAGAGCCACGAACUGUCGCAAGAAGAAAUGCGGCCACACCAAUAAUCUGCGUCCGAAGAAGAAGCUGAAGUAGACGAUAGUUGAGCUAUUCGGGAGUGCUUCAUGGAAAGUCUGUUCAAUCUGGAUUGAAGUUUGUUUGUAAUCUGAAAUAUGUUGGGCGCAGUGCGAAGAAUAAAACAAGCAUUGUUUGAAAACUAA